GAGAUGGAACGACAGCAGCAGGACCGAUUUCGACUUGUCAUUUCCAGCUUGGGCGAACGAAAGGAACAUCUCGCGAUUACGAUGUUGAGGCGAUUUAACAAUUCCAUGAUCAGUUCUCCGAUUUACGCUCUAGUAAAAGCGCCGAUCGAAUUCGAACGAGGAUGCUACCGCGGGGUCAACGGGAGAUUUCUCGCGAGGCUGUCGUGCGAUGUAUCGUAAGAUGACAGUCACAUUCGAGUUGCUGUUGUUUCCUAGAGGAGGAAGGCCGAAGGCGAGCAGUAAAUACAAUCAAUCGAGUUCCUAAGCCUUGCGAUGUGCAUUUAGCCUUCAACUGUCAACGACAUAUGACGUUUCGUUCGAUUUAAUGUUUCACUACCGCGAUAGCAGAAUUCGGAAUCGCGCGAAGAUGAAAUUGACAGUUAUCUCCUCUGUCGGCAGGACCGAUUGAUAUGAGCGGAAAAGGGAUGGAAGACAGCGGCCAGAAGUGUCACGUGAUCACUGCGAUGGCACUUACGAGGAACACCGUCGAUGGAUGGCGCCACCGAUCACGGGCAAGGUUGCUCGUUGCUGGUGUUUCAUGUCUCACCGUCCACCGCGGUUCAGGGUGAGAAAGAGAAAAAGGCGAGCUUUCUGGUGCCGAGGACGGCGAAGACGCGAGGAGUCGUAUCAGGGACUCGUGAUACGAUGGUGGCUCGAUUGACGACUCUGUAACACCGCUGACACGAACGCUCCGCUGCUGGAGUCGCCGCACUGGCAGCUCACGACACGUUUGCAAGGGUGGUCAGCCGCAAUCCCUAACUCAGAAGCAUCGUGGUCGUAUCUGGGAUCACCGCAAGGUGACAAUUAAAAUGGCAUCCCAUGAGAACAGCGAAGAUCCGAUGAAAUCUUUUAUUACGGAUAAGGUAAAUACAACAGCACAGUCAAAAAUAGAGGAAAAGAUGUCAUUGACUACUUCAUCAUCAGUUGAUCAACAUAACGAGUUAAUUGACACAGCACCUGAUACAAAGGAAAAGAAAAAUUCAACAUCUGAUAUAACCAAUGACUGUGCAAGUGCACAGAAAAAAGAUUCUGAUGAUCUAAAAAACAAAGAUAAUUUAAAAUCAUCAGUAAAUGAUGAGAAUAAACAGGACGAUAGUAAGACGGAUAAGAAGAAAGAGAUGCAAAGUGUAACUUCACUUACAGAUCCUCAAAAUACAGACGAAAAAGAGGAAGUUAAAAGCGAAAAUGUUUUGACAAAAGGAAAGGGAGUUUUGAAACGAAAACGAAAAAGUAAUGCGACAACACUGGAAUUUCCUGUUGAGGAAAGUAAGAAGAAAGAGAUGCCAAGUGUAACCUUGCUCUCAGAUCCUCAAAGCACAGAUGAAGAAAAGGAAGUGAAAACCAAAGAUGCUUCGAUGAAAGGACUUGCUUUGAAACGAAAGCGGAAAAGCAGUGUGUCGACGGUAGAACCUCCUGCAGAGGAGAACGGUACUAGAAGCAAGAGGAAGAAAUUAAAAACUGGCUACGAUCGAUUUUGUUGGCGAUGUCAUAAAGAGAAGGUUGAUGCAUUCUGCACUGCUUGUCCUCGCUCGUGGCAUCGUAAAUGUAUAGGUGGCAUGCCAUCGUCAUUGGAGAAAUGGAUAUGCGGAGAAUGUGCAACCAUUUUGAAAGCAGAAAACGCUGAAACGCGUUCCACAGCAAUGGCGCAGUUGUCCAUCGAUCAAUUGUGCAUGUUGCUUAAACAUGUGGUUGAAAGAUUACGCGACUAUCCCGGCUCUGAACCAUUUUGCAAACCGGUGGAUCUCUUGGAAGUGCCGAAUUAUCUGGAUUAUGUUAUCAAGCCGAUGGAUCUAAGUCUUUUAGAAUCAAAUGUAAAGUCUAAACUUUACGGCAGUACCGAUGCGUUUAUGGCAGAUGCAAAAUGGAUACAACAUAAUUGCAUCGUGUUUAAUACGUGCGGUGGUGUUUACACGGAUACAUCAAAACUGACAAACGCGGCAAAGCAGAUCAUCAAAGUGGCGCGUCAGGAAGUUUCGGAAAUUGAGGCAUGUCCCGAUUGCUACGCACAUGGUCGAAACUUGCCGAGACCUCAGCCUUCAUGGUUUAUCGAACCCUGUCGUCGACCGCAUCCACUUGUAUGGGCCAAACUAAAGGGUUUUCCAUUUUGGCCGGCAAAGGCAAUGCCUCGCAUCAAUUCUCAAGGAUACGUGGACGUACGUUUUUUCGGUGAACACGAUCGCGCUUGGGUGCCACCAAAAGAUCUUUUUUUAUACUCCGAGGAACCACCUGCUCCAUCCCCCCGUAAACGUAAAUCCGACAUGGAUGAGUGCGUGCAAGAAGUUAAUCGACACAUUAGAAAACUGACGCUUAUGUUCGGCCAGUUUAAAUAUGCGCUACCUAAAGUUCAGUACGAUCCGAACAAUCCGAUGCAAAUACAACUGAUACUACCGAAUUACAAUCCUCUCGGACCCAAUCAUCUUUCCAGUCCAGAAUUUUCCAUACCUCAGAAAAAGAAUCCUCAGAAAAAACGAAGUUUCCUUAAAGGUAAAUCACAGAGUGAUGAAUCAACUGAUAUUACUGAAAUAGAUACCAACUUGAAAGGCGAUGCUGAAAAGGAGGAUAAAGCUACAAUGCCAAAAGUACAAAAAUUAGAUACUGAUGUUAAGGAUACUUCAAACAUGCAAGCAGAUCUAAAUGGUAGUCCUAGUAAAUUAAAUAAGAAAACAGAUCAAGGUAUUAUAAAAUUAACCCCUAAAGAAGUUGCUCAAAACAAAACGGUAAAAGAUUAUAAACCAAGAAACACGAGGACAUCAAUAUCUCAAUCGAAUGUUGCGGAUAAUUCCACUGAAAAUAAUAGCACAAGUUCAAAUACCAGUAUCUCAGACAAGAAUAAUUCGUCGAAAGUGAAGAAUGAAGUGAAAUCAUCUACAAAAAGUUUACCUAAAUCUACGAUACAAUCAGGUACUGAAUCAUCUGAUACGACACGAGCGCAGAGAAAAAGCCUCUUGAAAAAUAUUAUCAAUCCUAAACUAGCACUUUCUCAAGUGGAUAACUCGAAGACGAAUACAAAGUACAAUUGCGCGAAAACUAAUAAAAUGUACAAACCGAAAACAAGGCUUGUUGACAAAUUGAAUACAGAGAAGGAAUUGAAAUCCGUUACUACGAGCUUGGAGAACGAGAAAUCGUCGAAUUCGAGUAAAGUAAUUCCAGAGGUGUUGAGAAAAAAUAAAGAAUCAUCUAAUGUACAAAAAAACUUACCUGAAGUGGACAUACGGCUAUCAUCCAUUGCGAAUUCUACUCAUACCAUUCCACCGACAAAUCCAGCCGUGUCUAUAACAGAUAAAUCCGUGUUGUUGCUCGUGGUUAACGGAAAAUCUGCCGAGUCUGCACAACAGAUCGCAUCGACGAUAGACUGUCAAAGCAACAAGGAUGUGCUUCCCGUAGCAAAGGAGGUACAUCAGAAUUCGCCGAGAAAGGCUAGGAAAUCUUUUCCUGGAAAAUCAUCCAAUUCACGAAAUAUUCAACGGACGGCCCAUGUCUCAGAGGCAAACGAAGUUAUUCAAGUUUCUCCGGUUAAGCACGUUACGCCAUCCACGUAUCAACUGUUACCUCCAGAAGCCGGACCUAUUAGUGCGCGUUUACAUCAUAAUGCGCACGAUCUCGCGAGAAAAAUGGGGCACAUGAUGGAAGAGGCGUAUAAGGAGGCAGCAUACAAGGAGGAUAAUGGAGAAAAUGAUACGGCUGAUAAUUAUCAAGCAACAAUAUUCUUUCUGCGGAUGCAGAUAGAGCAUAUAAAGUGGCAGCAUCAACAACAAAUAGCAGAGUUAAAACAUAAUACCGAUCGUACUCUACGUGAGAUGCGUGCGAGUUUUGAAGCGGAGAAAUGUCGAUCGGUCGAGGAAGUUCGUAGGGAAGUCGAAGAGGAAAAGAUGCGCACUAUUGAAGAGACCAAACGGAAGCAAUGGUGCGCUAUGUGCGGACAGGAAGCGAUGUUUUACUGUUGUUGGAACACUGCUUAUUGUAAUUAUCCGUGUCAGCAAUCGCAUUGGUCGACGCACAUGCGAACGUGUUCUCAGCAGCCUGCGCACAACACUAGCGUCACAAAUUCGGGAGCAAAUUUGAAUCCGCAGCAGAGCAGUAACGUGACUCGCAAUUCUCCGAGUAAGGCGCACUCUUUGUCACUCAAUAAAGUGAGUGGGAUUUCAUCAUCGUCCACUUUGUCCCUUAGAAAUAAAACCAGCAAAGAUACUCUCUAAGCAAAUCGCAAUAUAUUUAUAAGCGAUUUAAUAUUAGUAGAAUUAAGAAAAAUCGGUAACAUUGCAGGUAAAUGAGUAUGAAUAAUCAGCAAAUCUUGAUUUAAUUUACGUUGAGACAUUCACCUAAUGUUUAAAUGUAAUAUCGUGUAUGUAGUUAUUUUCUUUUCUUGAAGAUAUUUUUAUUUACGCGAUGUAAAUAAAUUAUUAAUCGUAGCGAUUAAUAGCCUUAUAGUUUUUGGCAUCAAAUCAAUAAAUUACACAUUAAGUUGUAAAAGACUCGAAGAUGCAAAUUUCAUUAACAUUUGUAAUAAAAAAAUUUAUGGUAUGAUUUAAUUUAAUUAAUAUUAAAAAGUAAUAAUUUAAUUAUUAUAGGAAGUAUAAAAUAUGUAUUAUACUUCUCUUAAAGAAACGUUAGGUAUUCUUAGAGAUAUGGGCUGAUAAAUUCUUGUAAUAUGAUGAUUACAUGUUUAACAUAUUGUAACAAUUUCCUUGUUUUGAAGUCUGAUUACUUUUCAAACUAAAUAUUUCGCAUAAUUUCUGAGUUCCUCUAUAGAUACACUUGAAAAACAAGAGAUAAGAGAUAAAAAUUAUUUUUCCAACAAAGAUGUCACAUGACGUAAACACACUUCUAAUAAUCUGGAUAAUUGACAUUCUUGUAGAGAGAGAACGCAUUAAGCGUUCAUAGAAAUUUAUGUUUUAUUAAGUCUAACUGAUAUGGUGUUUAAACACAGCUCAUUUUCAGGUUAUAAAUAAAUUGUCGAGCAGACAUGUUAAAA